AUGGACUUCAAUCCCAAAUCACUUAUACCUCAACCGCUGGUGCGAUGCGUGGGUCGGCCUAAAAAACUGUUGGACAGGGAGUCCCGGAGUCGACGAGACGUGGCCAACAAUCACGAGCGGAAACGGAUGCAGAGUAUCAACGAUGGCAUACAGGCGUUGCGGCGGAUACUCAGACACAAAGACAUCGAAAAGUUAAGUAAAGCCACGGUUUUGCUGAGAAGUGCCGAAUAUGUCAUACAUUUGGAGUCCGAGCUCUCACUACUGGCCGAUGAAAACUAUCGGCUCAAGUGUCUCGUCAAACAGCUGUUCCACAAGAAUGUGUUCGGCGGCACUGGGAUGCCAUUCCCGCACCUCUUUUAUAGCCAAAAAAGUAUGUCUGAAAGUACUGAAAAGCUGAUCCCUAAUGACUAUAAUUCAGAUGAGAGUGAAAUGGAUGACAAUAAUGGUGUCGAUAAUAUAGCCAUGGAUUUGACUAAAUGUAGCAAAAAAUAAUUUAAAGUUACCAAGAUAUGUUUAAUUAUCAAAAUUAUAGUUUUAUAUUUUGUUAAUACCGGU